AAAGCUUCAUGUCAGGCGUCAAGAGUACCGCGUAUUCCCUUUGAUUGGCACCAUAAAUGUAUUUUUUGUAAACAGUCAUCGCGAAAAAAAGACAAGCACCUCAUUACGAUCAGUUCUCUUAAUGGCUGCGAAACAAUCAAAACGUCAGCAAUGGAAAGAGGUGAUACAGACCUAUUGGCCGUACCUAGCGUCAAUGACCUUAUUGCCGUGGGAGGGAGGUACCACAAAGAUUGCCAUGCAUCUUACGUGAGUGCAAAAAAUGUGAAAUCUUGUAAGAGGUCUCAAACUACUAAGCCAGACCCAUUUGAAGAAACGUUUGAAGAAUUACUAUUGUACAUCAAACCAGCAAUCGAAGCCGGAAAAGCGUUUGACAUGAACGCGCUUUUACUCAGAUACCAGGAUGGUCUUCAGAARCGAGGGAUCGAAGGAAGAAGCUAUACUCGUCAAAAGCUUAAAGAGAGACUYAAAGGAUAUACAAGACCUUACACUCCAGAAGUCGAAAACCUUGCUACCAAAAAAUCUCUACUGGCUGUGUUAUGCUGGAUUGUCACUGGCGAAGACUUCGACCUUAAUCAAUCGUCCUGCUCAAAUACUAGCAAUGAAAGGAAAGUAGUCAUGAUUGGCCAAGAUAUUGUCAAUGCCUCAAGUCAUGCCCGUAUAAAAGUGCCAAAGCACGUGGGGCUUGCUAUGACAGUUAAACACCUAACUGGUAGCAAACAGUUAGUUACACUUCUUAACCGAAUGGGGCAUUGUUCUUCGUACGACGAAACCGAACAGGUAGAAACAAGCAUUGCAAAUGAGACUCUGGCAAAGGCAGAAGCUGAUGGUGUGGUUAUACCAGUCAAUAUUUCACCAGGAUCAUUCGUUCACAUGGCGGCCGACAAUAAUGACAUCAAUGAGGAGACACUGGAUGGUAAAAAUACCACCACCCAUGCCACUACUCCUGUAGUCUAUCAGCGUAAUCAAAAUGCAAUGCAAAACGAGAGAACCGUCUACGCCGACCAUUCUGCCAAGAAACGCUCACUGAAUCCCACUUUUAGUAUAGUCGAGAUUGAAGAGGUGACAGUCAGGGGGAGGCGUCCUGCCCUUACCACUUUUAAAGGAAAGGUAGAAAUGGAGUGGUUUACCCGACGCACAGUUUUUUCGACUUCCUUCGUUGAUCUUGCAUGGCUACUCACACGAAUGACCGAGUCUAAUGGUGAGCUACGUACUGCUGAUGACGUAAGUAUCAACCAGAGAAUCCCAGGGUGGAGCGCUUUCCACACGACAACUUAUCCUGAAGAACCAGUUAAGACCAGCAUCGGAUAUCUCCCCAUGAUUAAUGCAGAGGCAACUGAUUUCAAUACACUGUACACAGUCAUGAAGCUUURCCAAAAUGUUUCUGCUAAGAUGGCACAAGCAGACGCAGUACUGUCCUUGGAUUUAGCAUUGUAUGCCAAGUCCAGACAACUUUAGGCUCAAUUUCCAGCUGCGUUCAAGAACAUUGUCCUGUGUAUGGGAGGUUUUCAUAUUGCCCUCAACUAUCUAGCAUUAGUCGGGAAAAAGUUCCCUGUUUGGAAUCGGCAAGUCCACGGCCUGGAAUACCUUAACUGCCAACAACCUUGCGCAACAACAUCUCACUCUGCUUGGCAAUGAAAUACCAAUUCAAGAGGAAACCAUUAGGGCUGCAAAAGCCUUCAUAUGCUCUUUGUAUAUGUCAGGUAGCAGGACUUUGUCAAGUACAAA